AUGGGUUCCCUCAACAUCACAAUCACCCUUCCCAGCGCCAGCCUCCCCUUCUGGCACAUCAACGUCCCCGAGACGGAACGCACGCCUCAGUGCCCGCCGUUCCUCGUCGGCCUCAACCCCAAAGACCUCCGAACCGUCUCCACGCCCGACUCGGAGUACCGCACCCAGACAUGGGAAGAGGUCAGCUACCUCAUCAGGACGAACAACCUGGAGCGCUUCCAGCGCGUGCCCUCUGACCUGCGCCGCUACAAGGCCUUCACCUACCGCCUGGCCAAGAUCCACGGCAGCAUCGCCAACUUUGUCCUGAGGGAGCGCCUGCGCUGGGACACGCCCGUCGUGGCCCGCGGCGCCCCGUUCCAGCACGACGACGACGUCAAGAUCCUUCACAACGACUGGCCGCGCGCUCUGCCACCGGGGACUUGA